AUGUCACAGAAUUAUUGCGAGAGCUUAAGAGAUUUGCGAGAAAAAGUUUUCAAUCUACAGAUGUCUGUUGCUUAUCUCGACAAGAAGAUGCGCUGCAGAAACGUGGUUUGGAAAGGGAUCAAGGAUGAGGACGAAUCUUACGAAGUUCUCGUAGCCAAGGUGUUGGAUGUCAUCAACAACAGACUUAAAUUGAAAUGGCGUAAAGAAGAUAUCGAGGAUGUGUACAGGAUUGGAAGGAAGGGCACGUUUGAUAGACCGAUCCUCAUGAGCAUUGCUUCGUUAAGAAUGAAGUUUCUGUUGAUGAGUUCAAAGAUGAAAUUGCGCGGUACUAAAAUAUUCAUAAACCAGGACCUACCAUACAAUUAUCGCAUGAAGAUACGCAAGCAAAUGGAAGAGAAAUAUUUUAAAAGAAAUUUAUGUAAAUUGUAG